CAAGCUUGCUUGUUUUGCAGCCUGAUGGAUGUAUUUGUCCACAGUGCAAUGCUCCGAUGUGCUCCGAGUUUUGAUUCUUCAGUAUAGGGAAGCUUAUGGCACUUAAAUCUCCUCCUGGCGAUUGUUUUUUCCUAAGGAAAUGUUAUUUUUGCUCCCUUUGAAUUUACAACUAUUAGUUCCAUUUUUUUCAUGGAGUUCAUCAGAAACUGUUAGUGAGGUGGUCAUAUUUUGCAAGAUAAUUCGUUCACAAGGAAUUUGCAUGGGGACGCCAUUCAAUCCAAAAAAAAAAAAAAGCAAAGAAAUUUGCUUAAACAUCUGAUUGAUCAAACUCUCUCGGUUUCUCUGUUGUGAAAAUGGAAACCAUUACCAGAUCCCAAAUGGCGAGAAACCUUUGUAAACUCUACUGCAGGCAGGCAAAGCACUAGCCAAUCGAUGAGAUUGGCCAAUGACCAUCACUUUCAUCACCUUGAUUAUAAUAAGAUGAAUCUUCUGCCGCUGUGCUGAUUGAUCGAGGAGAUGGACGGUGGCUGCUCUCGAUGCUUAGUCUUCUCCUUGUCACUUGCUUUCUACCCCACGCAAUAUCAAUCAUGCUGAUGCCGGCUUAUGUUCCUUCAGUGGAAUUCCUGCCAACUCUACGGAGGAAUAUAAAAGUGAUGGUUCGGUAAAAAGGCCUUUUUUGCCCACCUGCUCCAUCUUUCCUGCCAAUGCUGAAGUCAUGCAGAUAGCCUGUUUGUUGUUGAUCCCCUGAAUAUAAUAGUCAAUGUUUUGAGUCAUUUUCAUGUUCGUCUUACACUAAAAGUUAAGUGUUGCAGUUAAUCUAGACCUUGUGUCCCAUUUGAUGAUGAUAGAACUAUUAAAAAGGAAAUUUUACCAGUUCAUCGUUUACUCUGCGUUUUCAAACCAAACCAGCUGGUAAUCCUAGUUGAUGAAGUUUCAUUCUUUUGGGGGUAUUUUCAGCAGGAGGAAUAUUUGUGAAUAACCUUAAUUUUCUAUCAUAUGCAUUUGGUAGAAAAUAAACUAGAUUUGUGAGAUCAUAAACAUAUGUUUGGUCACUGAAUCAAAUUUUUAGGAUGGGAUCAAUAACCAGGUUGUGAGUUUACAAAAUAUUUCAGUUUUCUGGAUCUUCUAAAAAUUAGUCAUUCACUUUUGCAGUUUACUUUUCACAGGCUCCUGACUUUUAAUCUCUGAUUGAUUUAUUCAUGCACUAACAAAUAUUGCUUAACUUUCAGUGACAGAUAGCUUGAAAAAGUUAAAAACACCUCAAAUUUGAUGGUCUAGCUACAAGUCCAUUGCUAUCUGCCAUUGAAUUUGAUCAUUUCUUUUUAAUAUAAAAAAGUUAUGUUUCAUUUUUACAUGGCCAUCAAUCAGAUUAAAAUUUUUCAGCAGCAUUUGACUUUCUUCCCAUCAAGAAAAGGACAAGAACCUUACCCUGGAAUAUUUGCAAGAUCUUUGUCCCAAGAUUCCAUUAGUUAGUCCCACUUGGUCCACCACUGACCAAAUUUAUUAUGGAUACUCAGACCUCUAUUUAAUUAUCAUUCUCAAAACUAGAUUAAUUAGCAAACUUCUGCUAUCGCCUGUUGUAGGAUGCAUUUGAUUCUUCUGCUUGGAUUAACUUGGUGAAAUCUAUUACUAGGGGAUUUGAUAGUAGAGGAGCUACUUAGGACUGAAGGUUUCUGGUCCUUGGUUAACUGGAGACAGCCAACUUUCUAACCAAAUUCUGAUUGCUGGAUACCGUAGAUAGUUCUAAACAGCUGGUGUUGGAUUUCAGUUGAGAUUUCAAGAGGUGGAGAUGAAGGAUGAAUAAGAAAUCAAGAAUUAUAAAGCUGAGUUGGAUUUGAGCUUGAAUUUUAGGAAGUGAAAACGAGAUUAAGAAGGGCUAUCUUUUGCUUAAAUUUAAAAAGGUCAAAGCGCAAAGGGAGAAUAUUUUUCAUGGAGAUGGAGGGGAGAGGUUUUUCAGACUUGCUUAGGAGCUCAACUGAGGAGAUGAUUCUGAGUUCUUUUAUCGAGAAUUCGUUUGGGAGCUGUGCACCAAACAUGGAGAUGCUAGGAUGCAGGACAACAUUGCAGACUUGUAGAGGAGACAGCGAGGAGCUCUUCCACACCUGGCUGAUGAAUGGAGAGAUUCCUGGUUUCAGCCCAGCGAAUGGUGCUAAUCGUACUCGUCAACUAUCGCGAAAAAUAUCAUCAGAGAUCAUUACUCUUGGAAACCAGCAAAACGGCACUGCACAGAAGACAACCACAGAGGAUAAAUGCUUGAGCAUGAUUAAUGAUCAGUCACCUGAUGUCCAGGAUACUAUCAAGAACGCUGCAGAGAAAAGCAUCCAAGCUAGUGACUUUCUAUUGGCCAAGGCAUGGUUUCACAGUUCCCAACCAAUGACAAGAAGUCGGUCUUCAGAGCUACGGAAGAGGUAUGCGGCCAUGCAAAAUAGCCAGAUGCAAGCUAUUACAGAGUCUCAAGAUAAUACCACAACAAUAGGGGUUGAACAAGGGCCAACAAAACUUUCAAAUGAAUUCUGUGACGAUUCCGUGGUCGAAAUUGGCACUCAAGUUCAAACAUUUAUGUCUCCCUCGAAUUCAACUACUUAUCCUUUUGAUACUCCUCCAGUGGCAACAGCAGACCCUGUUUCUUCUGUGGUCAGCUUGCUCAAAGGCUCACUGGAAAAGAAAAGGCUCGCUAGACAAUUUAACGUCAGUGAAAAUCUCAAAGAUACUUCCUUUGUGGUUUCAAAUAUUCAACCAGAAGUAAAUCUCAUCUGCAAUCAAAACAUCCAAAAUGAGAUCUACUGGUCAGCCAACAAGUUUCAUUUGGUAUCAUCUAUUCAAGAGCAGAAUUCAAUGAACUCAAAGUUUGAGAUAUUGUUGGAGCCAAAUACUGAAGAAUUUGUUACUUCGGCAAACCAGUUCAGAACUGCUACGUCUGAAGAACCAUCACAGAGUGGAUCGUCUAUGGCAGCUGCUGCCUUCACCAUUGGCUUCGAUGCAUGUGAUGAUCUUGCCAACUCUGCACAAACUAAUUCCAUUUGUGAGAGCUCCAGAAGGUCUAUGGGAAAUCAAAAUUUGAAUUGUAAAAUUAUAGAAUAUGGAGAACACAAGUUGCAAAACAAUGUAAAGGAUGAAACAAAGAAAGGAAAUUUGGUUCGGCUGCGAUCAGUCAAUUCCUCAGUAAUUUCAGUGGACAAAGGUGAUCCUACAAAGAAGCGCAGGAUCGAGCGCUCAAGAAAAAUGGCAGAGGCAAAGGAGAAGAGUUUGGCACCUGCAUUGCCGUCAGAUAUGCAAGCAGUUCUUAAGCGCUGUGAAACGCUUGAGAAGGAAGUACGGUCGCUGAAAUUUAACCUCUCAUUCAUGAAUAGGAAAGAUUCUGAGCAAACUAAACACAUAGAAGAGCUUCAGAAAGAGAAUGAAGAACUAAAAGACGAGAAGAGACGGCUUGUUGAAGAGAUUGAAAGAAUUUACCCUGAAACAGGCAGCUGGUGAUCGAUUCCUCCUGCAAAAGCAUUUCAGUAAAUUAAGUCUCAAGACCUAAAUCCACCGUUAAACUAUGAAAUCUGACAGACUUUACAUGUUCAGUCUGUAACACUCAGAAUCAAAAUUGUCUGGUCUUUUGAGAUCAAACAUCUAUUUUGAUUUGUUUGGUUGUUGACAAUUAAUUUUCAUAAUAAUGUAUUUCCAGUUUUGAAUAGAUUGAAA